AUGCCUAUAUGUCCAAGCUUCAUAAAUCCACCGGGCUGGAAUCAAUGUCGAAAUUUACCCAAGACGAACCUUUUACCAACACUCAUAGAAGAAGCUAAAAAACUUGAGGCAGCUGGGACAGUCCCUCCACCAUAUUUCCUUAAAAUAGACAUGCUG